AUGUGCAGUUUUAAGAAUCAAAAUAUCUGUGACUUUGAGGAAAUACAAAUUGAAUUUGAGGAGAACAAUGAGACCAUUAAUGAUGAGGUUGAAUUUAAUAAUAAAAAUAAGAUUAUGUUUGAUAGUGAAAGCAAAAUUGAAACUAAGAAGGAAGUUAAAGUUGGAUUUAAUGAAAAAGAGACUGCGGAAAUGUUUAAUAAAAUGUUUGAACAAGAUUAUACCACAACAAAAAACAUUCUUAAUACUGCACAGGGAAUUGCCUAG